AUGACUUCGCAGCCGCACAAGUCCAAAAGACCGCCCAUUGUGAUCCCCCCGCCGCCGGUGGGCGCCGACGAGUCCGCCCCCACGCCCACAACCUACCGCACGCUCCCGCAAAAGUUCAUACACUGUCCCAAAGACGACCUCAUAGUGAUCAUAUCGCGUAUGCUUUCCUCGCUCAUUUCCAUCAACGACCAACAAAUCUCCUCGGACAUCAACCAGCAAUCGCUCACACGGUUCCACUCGCGCUCGCCGCCGCAAAUCUCGCUAUAUUCGUAUCUUUCCCGACUGUCCCAUUACUCGUCCCUGGAGAACUCUGUUCUCAUAACUAGCAUAUAUUACAUUGAUUUACUCAGCAUGUGUUAUCCCAUAUUUGCGGUCAACUCGCUCACAGUGCACCGGUUUUUGCUCACGGCGACGACGGUGGCGUCCAAGGCGCUCUGCGACAGUUUCUGCUCCAACAGCCACUAUGCCAAAGUAGGGGGUGUGAACCUGAUGGAGCUCAACGUGCUGGAGACGGAGUUCCUCAACAAAGUCGGGUACCGCGUGGUUCCCCGGGACUUCAACUACGAUAGACUACAGGAAAGAAAAAGCAGCACGGGGACGCUGGACACGGAUUAUUUAAAGAAGAUCAAGCUGGGCAUCGAGAACGCCUCGGAGGUGCUUGAUUUGUACUAUAAACGGAUGGUUAUGCUUGUUGGCGCGCGCGAUAACGGCACGGUGGGAUGCCAUGACGACGUGGAGUACGAGCUUGCUCCGGAAGCAGGUGGGAGCGAGGAGUGCAAGGCUGGCGACAAAACGCAGACGGGACUGACGGACGCCGGCAGACGAAAAUUACGCAAACUCGAAAAGCCGGAUACAAACGGCGACCAGAGUCCGGAUAAAUAA